AUGCGCCGGGGGGCGAUCCACGGCCCAUUGGUGGCACAGUAUCUGGCCCGGGUGGCCCGGUUCAAGGAGAAACUGGCCGUGGCCAUCCAUAUGACGGCGGGGCAGCCGGCACGGGCCCCCGAGCUGCUCAGUGUGCAGUAUGUCAACACGCCGAACAACCAAUUCCGCAAUGUGUUCAUUGAGGAUGGGAUGGUGACACUGGUGACUGCAUACCACAAGGGCUUCCAUGCGAGCAACGACAGCAAGCUGAUCCACCGGUAUGUGCCACGGGCGGUCGGGGAGUUGGUGGUGUGGUAUAUGUGGCUGGCGAUGCCAUUCAUUGACCAGUUGACAGCGUGGCAGGCCGGCACUGCGCAUGGCACGGUGAAUGGCACAUUGAAUGGUAUGUCGAAUGGCACAUCGAAUGGUAUGUCGAAUGGCACAUCGAACGGCACAUUGAAUGGCACACAAGCCGGCACGGUGAAUGGCAUGGUGAAUGGUACAGUGAAUGGCAUGUCGAACGGCACAUCGAACGGCACAUCAAACGGCACAGCGAAUGGCAUAUCAAACGGCACACUGAAUGGCACAACAAACAGCAUACCGAUUGGCACACGAGCUGGCACAGUGAAUGGCACAGUGAAUGGCACACCGAUUGGCACACAGGCCGGCACAUCAAAUGCCAUGUCGAAUGGCACAUCGAAUGGCACACGAGCUGGCACAGUGAAUGGCACAUCGAACAGCACAUUGAACGGCACAUGGAAUGGCACACCAAAUGGUACGGUGAAUGGCAUGUUGAAUGGUAGACUGAACGGCACAUCAAACAGCACAUCGAACGGCACACCAAAUGGCACGGCGAAUGGCACAUCAAACAGCACAUUGAAUGGCACAUGGAAUGGCACACGAGCCGGCACGGUCAAUGGCACACUGAAUGGCACGGUGAACGGCAUACUGAAUGGCACACUGAUUGGCACACAAGCCGGCACAUUGAAUGGCACACGAGCCGGCACGGUGAAUGGCAUGGUGAAUGGUACAGUGAAUGGCAUGUCGAACGGCACAUCGAACGGCACAUCAAACGGCACAGCGAAUGGCACAUCGAACAGCACAUUGAACGGCACAACAAACAGCAUACCGAUUGGCACACGAGCUGGCACAGUGAAUGGCACAGUGAAUGGCACACCGAUUGGCACACAGGCCGGCACAUCAAAUGCCAUGUCGAAUGGCACAACGAUUGGCACACUGAAUGGCACGGCGAACGGCACACUGAAUGGCACAUUGAUUGGCACGUCGAACGGCACACCGGCAUGGCAGCCCCCCAGCCCAUAUUUAUGGGGCCCCGACCCGGGCAUGCAGCGGCCAUGGACCCCCGAGCGAUUCCGGGAGGUGUUGAAGCGGGAGACCCAGGCCCGGCUCGGCCAGGCAUUGAAUAUUCCGGCGUACCGGGACAUUGCCAUUGGCAUCAGCCGGCGGUUCCUGCGGGCAUCCAGCACAUUCACCAGUGACCGCCAGGAUGAAACGGAGCAGGCAGCGGCAUUGGAUGCUGACUGUGAGGACGGCAUGGAUGCGGACCAGUGGAUGGCGCAUAUGACGGAUUUACAGGCGGGCCAUUCAUCGCACGUGGCGGGGAUGGUAUAUGGGCGGCAGCUGAUGGAGCAGGCGGGCACAACAAGCCACCGGCGGGCGAUGUUCCGGCAGUCCAGUGUGGAUUGGCACCAGUUUCUGGGGUUCGGCUGCGGCACGGGGGUUCCAGGAGAUGUCCAUGCCGACAUUGAUGCCGGUGGGCUUCGGGCUGGCUUGGUGGAUGAAGGCAGCUGUCCAAGCCGCUGUCCCGGUCAGGAACAGGUUAGGGCUUGCUUGGUGGAUGAUCCCAGUCAGGAACGGGUUAGGGCUUGCUUGGUGAAUGAUCCCGGUCAGGAACGGGUUAGGGCUCGCUUGGUGAAUGAUCCAAGUCAGCAAGCGGUUAGGGCUCGCUUGGUGGAUGAAGGUAGCUGUCCAAUUCACCAUCCCGGUCAGGAACGGGUUAGGGCUUGCUUGGUGGAUGAUCCCGGUCAGGAACGGGUUAGGGCUCGCUUGGUGGAUGAUCCCGGUCAGGAACGGGUUAGGGCUCGCUUGGUGGAUGAAGGUAGCUGUCCAAUUCACCAUCCCGGUCAGGAACAGGUUAGGGCUCGCUUGGUGGAUGAAGGUAGCUGUCCAAUUCACCAUCCCGGUCAGGAACAGGUUAGGGCUUGCUUGGUGAAUGAUCCCAGUCAGGAACGGGUUAGGGCUCGCCCCGUGCUCGGGAAACGCAAGCGGGCCCCAUGGCAGGUGGAGGCUGAGGAGCACCACAUGGAGCGGCGCCACCAGCUGCAGACCAUGGACAUGGCCGCUGCGCUGCAGCAGAUGACCGGUCAGGCCGGCAUGCAGUUCCAGGGCAUCCAGGCACCCGCCAUGGCGGCGAUCCAGCAGGGCAAGAGCCCCGUGGUGGCAGUCAUGCCCACCGGCGGUGGGAAAAGCAUGUUAUUCAUGUUGCCCGCGUGGGCCGUCCCCGGGGGCACCACCAUUGUGGUGGUGCCAUUGAUCUCGCUGCGGCAGGAUAUGCAGCAGCGGGGCCGGCGGCUAGGCAUCCCAUGUAUGGCAUGGGACCGGCAGCAGCCAUGUGAUGAAGCAGCCAUUGUGCUGGUCACACCGGAAUCGGCUGUCACCCCCGAUUUCCAUUCAUUCAUCAACCGGUUGGUGGUGAUGCAGCGGCUGGACCGGGUGGUGAUUGAUGAAUGCCACAUCAUUAUGAACCAGCAGAAGAACUUCCGGUCCGCCAUGGCACAGCUUGGGAAGCUCGUUCGGGCCCGUACACAGAUGGUGUUUUUAACGGCCACAUUGCCCCCGAGAUGGAACCGGAGUUCAGCCAGCGCAUUCACCACCCACAGGAUCAGAUCGAUAUAUAUCGGGCCCGCACGAGCCGCGGCAAUGUGGCAUAUGGGGUGUGGCGGCCACCGAUUCCACACACUGCACCACAUGGAUAUGGAUGGGAGCAGGAUGCCCGGAUUAUUCAGUUCCUGCAGGCGCAGCUCCAGUGGGCCCGGGCCCGGGGGGAAGAUGGUGAUAUAUGCCAACCGGGUCCACCAGGUGCAGGCGAUGGCGGCGGUAUUGGGAUGUGAGGCGUAUUUCAGUGGGCAGGUGGACCGGGGUGGGAUUUUGGGGCGGUUCAUGGGAGGGGAUUCCACAGUGCUUUGCGCGACCAGUGCAUUGGGCAUGGGGGUUGAUAUUCCAAAUAUCCGAGUGAUCAUUCAUCUUGGGACGCCCCGGACGUUAUUGGAUUAUGCACAGGAAAGUGGGCGAGCCGGGCGGGAUGGGAAGGCCAGCCAGGCGAUCAUUAUCCAGCCGGCGGGGUGGGCGGAGGAUGAGCGGCAGCUGGGCACACCGGAGGUGGAGGGGAGCUGGUGCAGCAAUACAUGGGGGUGGUGGCAGGUCGGGGGUGCCGGCGGGUGGUACUGGACGAUUAUCUGGAUGGGACGGUGA